CCCGCCCCCCGCCCCGAGGCCCCGCCCCUCGCCGGCCGGGCCCCGCCCCUCCCUCCUGAGAGGGCGGGGACCAGGCGGCGGCUGCAGUCGCAGGAAUAUGCUGGAAGCCGGCGGGCGGGCGCCCGGGCGGUGCUGAAGGGACAGUUCCCGCCACCGAACUUGCCGGGCGGCCGGAGGGCGCGCGGGCGGGGCGGCCCGCGGGGGCACGUGAGCCAUGGAGACCAUCUGGAUCUACCAGUUCCGCCUCAUCGUGAUCGGGGACUCGACGGUGGGCAAGUCGUGCCUCCUGCACCGCUUCACGCAGGGCCGCUUCCCGGGGCUGCGCUCCCCCGCCUGCGACCCCACGGUCGGCGUGGACUUCUUCUCGCGCCUGCUGGAGAUCGAGCCGGGCAAGAGGAUCAAGCUGCAGCUGUGGGACACGGCGGGGCAGGAGCGCUUCAGGUCAAUAACGCGAUCUUACUACCGCAACUCAGUUGGUGGAUUUUUAGUAUUUGACAUUACCAACCGACGAUCUUUUGAACACGUGAAAGAUUGGCUGGAAGAAGCCAAAAUGCACGUACAGCCAUUUCGGAUUGUGUUUCUGCUGGUGGGACAUAAAUGUGACCUGGCUUCGCGACGCCAGGUUACCAGGGAAGAAGCUGAAAAGCUGUCGGCGGACUGUGGUAUGAAGUAUAUAGAAACCUCAGCAAAAGAUGCCACAAAUGUGGAGGAAUCCUUUACGAUCUUGACCAGAGACAUAUACGAACUUAUCAAGAGAGGAGAGAUUUGUAUUCAAGAUGGCUGGGAAGGGGUCAAAAGCGGUUUUGUUCCAAAUACUGUGCAUUCUUCUGAGGAAGCAGUAAAACCCAGGAAAGAGUGCUUCUGCUGACUUGGGCCGGCCAAGGAUGGUGGACAGAUGGGCAUCAUCCCAGCCUGAAUACCAACGGUAACAGCAGCAGGAGAUGCCAUGAGAGCAUUUAGGAAACAGUUGUAAGCCCGCGCUAAUGCUAUUUUGUGAGGUGUUUGAUUUGGAGCGCUAUGCUUGCUGGUUACACUAGGGAUUGGGUGUUUUGCUCAAUUAUCAGGCAAAGCAGACAACCUGUGCUUGAAACUGGAGUGUCUACCGGAUGAUGCCCGUUCUUACUUUGUUAGCGCAUAGCUGACCGUAAAGCCCACAUAUAUCAAUAUUACUCAUUUUUCUUGACAGGUUGAAAUGGUUUUUUUGUGCAUAUAUGGCCUAGUCGAAAAGAUUUCAUCAGGAAUUACAUUUUCCUGAGCUAAUCUGUUAACACUGAAUAGCAAAGUGGAUUUAAAAGUGAAGGGUUAAGAAUAUAAGCCAGAAAGAGUUUAAAACUUAAAAAAAAAAAAAAGUGCAGUGUUUGCUUACAAAGUUAACAAUCUCAGAGGUAUCAUCAACUAGGACAAAAAUAACUAUUCCAUAUUUAAUGUACCAGGUUUUUAACUAUUCUUUGAAAUAUGUAUCCUCCCUUAAUUUACCUGAUCAUAAAAAAUAAGUUUUAUACUCAUUUUUGUUCUCUGAUUUAUUGCUCUUGAUAGAUUUAUGUUUUGUAAAGAUAUCUAAAGAUCCAAGCAAAAUAUUUUAUCGCAAAUAUUUGUAAAAAUAAAAAUGAAGGAUCGUUCAUCAGCAAGUGUUUUGAUGUUAUGGUAUAUUGUCCCUAUUUAGAAAAGGAAAAUUCAUUUAUAUACCAACAUUUUCAAAGAAAGUAAGUGCAAUUUACCUUGAACUAUUGUCAAAAUUAUCAAUAUAGGUAAAUAUGGAAUGUUUUUAGUGAUUUUUUUUUUUUUUUUUGGUCUGAGUAAGUUUCUGAAUUUCUCUGUUCUGGGACAAAAAAAAGUAUAGGAAAGAUUUUUCUGGACAAGGAAGAUUGGUUAAAUGUCUGAUAUAUUUAGCAUUCAAAUUGUAUUUCAGUAAAAUUAAUGAUAGAAUAAUGAGUUAAGGCUAUAAAAUGACUUUUGGGAUUUGAGUUAAGGCUAUAAAAUGACUUUUGGGCUUUCUAACUUUUAACUAAUUGAUUAAAUUCCCCUCCUGGAAGGGACAUUUUGAUGACAAUAUUGUAGAACAUACAUUUCUGUUCAGGAAGCAUUCAUUCCUGAUCACAAAGGGACACCAAAUGCAGCCAUUUUUUGGAAUGAUGAGGUUUACUGUUAACCUUUAGUAGCUUCAUUUGCUUGAAAACCAAAGUGAUAUGGUAGAAAGAAUAUUUAACGAGAAAUCAGAAUACCUGGGUUCUAAGCUUGCCUUUGCUGUACCACUACCUGAACACAAGUGAGUCACUUAACCUCACUAAGCAUCUGUUCUCUUAACUGUAAGAUGAGGCGAAUAACCCCAUUUAUCGUGUUUCAUGGACCAGUUUUGAGAAUCAAGUGAAUCAUGUGAAAAAGCUUUGUAAAUAGAGAAAGCAUUAUGCAAAUUCGAGCUUGGUGUCAGCUCCGCAUGGGCGCACCAUUGUAUUCACAGUGGACGAGAAUGUUGUUUUCUCCCAUUCUUUCCCAUUUCCGCAUUCUGCAGAGGGAGCAGGCUUUCCUGGACCUGAGGGCUCUCUUGGUUUCACGGCUCGCCCGUGGCCUCUUGCCCUGGGACACUGCUCCUCUCAAGGGGAAAUGACAGGGAGGCAGAUCCCAGGAGAUGUGAUUCCAUCAGGAGUCGUGUUCGAAUGUGUUUUUGUGCAUCAUUGAAGUCGAUAUUUAAUUAUAUUUUAAAUAAUUGUACAUUUUCUAGGUUCAUAGAAGUAUUUUUAAUAGUGCUUAUGGAGAGAAGAAUACAAAUUAUAGCAUCACCAUAAGAUUUUGAAUAGUUGUAUUGUCAACAUUUUCUUGAUCUCCUUGUAUUAAUUUCACUCAUGUGAGUCCACACUGUCCCCCCAAAUGUGACGCAAUUUAUUUUC